CUAGCAGCCAAGCAAGAGCGGGAGAGGGGGAGCAGAGGCAGGUAAAGGUGUGUGUGCGUUUGCCUGUUCAUGAAUGUGGGGGAGAAAGGAAGGGGUGACGGCGUGAAGAGGAGACAGAGAGGGGUGAAAGGAGGACAAAGGACCGGACCGAGAGGAGGAAGGGCUGGAGAGAGAGAAGGAAUAAGAAAAGAAGGAAAGAUGACGGAGAGGAUAGCUUCGUGUGGGAGCUUGUGUGACAGCACCAACCUGCUGCUACAGUACUGCAACAACGAUGACACGGUUUCAGCCAGCAGUAACAUGGACAUGGAGGACCGGGUUUCCCACCUGGAGCAGAGGCUACAGCUGCAGGAAGAUGAGAUCCAGCUGCUGAAGUCAGCUCUGGCCGAUGCCCUGCGGCGACUGGGCUACUGCGAGGAGCAAAGCAUGGUGAUGCAACCAGGAGGCGUCCAUGCUGCUGGGAGGAGACCUCUGGCCACCACAGCUUCAGCACCGCCUACCAAAGUGCGUCAGCUUCUGCAGGCUCUUCCCUCCAGACCCCUAAGUAAUGGCUAUGUGCAACAGAAACGCCUCCUUUCUUCCCCUUCAUCUCCUAAGAAAGAAGUGUUGCAGUCCAUUAAGAGGAAAAGUAUGUCCACAGAGCGUCUCACCCUGGUGAGGAGAGAGAUGGGAGCAGAGAGUCGCAGUCGAACCACCUCCUCCAGCAGCUCCUCUGGUGGCAAAAGCAAAUCCAAAGAAUGCACCUUCAAUGCAGAGGACGGCUACGUGAGGAUGUUCCUCCGAGGUCGUCCCGUCACCAUGCACAUCCCUGACCAGCAGAGGGAGAGCUACAGCCUCGACCACAAGGUGGCGCUCCCUGACCGCAAGCUCAAACUGCAGUGGGUAUAUGGCUACCGCGGUCGGGACUGCCGCUCCAACCUCUACCUGCUGCCCACAGGAGAGAUUGUCUACUUCAAUGCCUCUGUGGUGGUGCUGUACAACACUGAGGAGCAGCAGCAGAGACACUACCUGGGCCACAACGAUGAUGUCAAAUGCCUGAGUGUGCAUCCUGAUAUGGUUACCAUAGCAACAGGGCAGGUGGCCGGAAACUCUAAAGAUGGAAAGCUGCUGGCUCCUCAUGUUCGUGUUUGGGAUUCUGUGAGUCUCAACACACUCCAUGUGAUCGGGAUGGGAGUGUUUGACAGAGCAGUCACUUGUGUAGCUUUCUCCAAGUCGAACGGUGGUACCUUCCUCUGUGCUGUGGAUGAUGCCAACGAUCAUAUCCUGUCGGUCUGGAACUGGCAGAAGGAGAAGCAACUUGCUGAUGUCAAGUGCUCCAAUGACUCUGUACUGGCUGCUGUGUUUCAUCCCAUGGACGCCAACCUGAUUGUCACCUGUGGAAAAUCUCACAUCAACUUCUGGACCAUGGAGGGCAACACUCUGACUAAGAGACAAGGCCUAUUCGAAAAACAUGAGAAACCAAAGUACGUUUUGUGUGUGGCAUUUGCUGAGAAUGGAGAUGCCAUUACAGGAGACUCCAGUGGAAACAUCUACAUCUGGGCCAAAGGUGGCAACCGCAUCAGCCAGGUAGUGUCUGGGGCCCAUGAGGGUGGGAUUUUCUCAGUGUGUGUCCUGAAGGACGGCACCAUGGUGUCUGGAGGAGGCAAGGACCGUAAGGUGGUGCUGUGGGACCAUGACUACAGAAAACAGGCUGAGAUGGAGGUGGGCGAGUCGUUCGGUCCUGUUCGCGCUCUGUCUGAAGGGAAAGCAGGAGAGCUCUUUGUUGGAACCACCAAGAACGCCAUCAUCAGAGCUUCCUUCCCGGAUACAUUGAUUCCUGUUGUACAGGGUCACACAGAUGAGCUGUGGGGCCUGGAUGUUCAUCCCUCCAUGGAGCAGUUCGUCACCUGCUCCCAGGACAAACAGGUUCACCUCUGGGACACCAACUCCCAUCAGCCCCUCUGGAGUAAGACUAUUGAGGAUCCCGGGAGGUCUGCAGGUUUCCAUCCCAGUGGGACUGUUCUGGCAGUAGGGACCAUGACUGGAAGGUGGUUGGUGCUGGACACCGACACCCGGGAUCUUGUUUCUAUGCACACAGACGGCAAUGAGAUCAUUUCCAACGUCAAGUACUCUCCAGAUGGUAACUUCCUGGCUGUCGCCUCUCAUGACAACUUUGUUUACAUCUACGCUGUGACGGAGAAUGGCCGAAAAUACAGCCGUGUGGGGAAAUGCACUGGUCACUCCAGCUUCGUCACCCAUCUGGACUGGUCAACAGACAGCCAGUACCUCGUCACCAACUCAGGAGACUACGAGAUCCUCUUCUGGGAGGCAUCCAGUGGUAAACAUGUGACCAACAUGGACACGGUGCGCAACCUGGAGUGGGCGACUCAUACCUGCACUCUGGCCUUCAAUACCUUUGGAAUUUGGCCAGACGGAGCAGACGGCACAGACAUCAACGCCGUGUGCAGGUCACAUGACGGAUCCCUGCUGGCCUCUGCCGAUGACUUUGGCAAAGUGCACUUGUUCAGCUUCCCCUGCUCUCAACCAAGGGCUCCAAGCCACGAAUACGGUGGCCACAGCAGUCACGUGACCAAUGUUGCCUUCCUGCAUGACGACAGUCACCUGAUCUCCACUGGCGGGAAAGAUACCAGCAUCCUGCAGUGGGUUGUCGCCUAAGCAAAGCUGUCCAUCCACAUCUUUAAUCCCCACAGGCGGGGACCAGCAUCACAUCUGACCCCAGUCACCUCUUCACUGUUUUAUCCUCCUGCCACCGGGGGGCAGCACCUCCUCUGUGCCUACUGGAAAUGCAAAAACAACAGAUACAACUUCACCGACCCACACAUUACACCAGAUGAGAUAAUGAGUAUCGUUGUAAUAAAUGGAAUAUUAUUUAAUGUCCAGCUGUUUGUAAUAGAAUGUAGAGAAAACUACUAACUGCUCCCAGAAAAUCAACUACUGUAACACCAGCCCAGCUGUUAGCUGCUGGUGGUGACACACAGUAAACCUAGCAUUAGUACUAACUGUGCCUAAACUGUAUUUAUCUUAACCCCCUUUAACGGGAAUUCCACCUAUUUUAAAGGACAAGUAUGUUCGCAAGUUUAGAUCCAUAAUUGCAAAUCAUGUGCGCUUCACAGUUUUGUUGAACAUUUUUAAAUGCAUGCUACACAGUUAGGAAGAAGGUUAUAUUUAUGUUUUUGGGUUUAAUAUUAGGGUAUUUUUCCUUCUACUGUUCCAAGCAAAUAUUGGUUUACAUUAAUUUUCCUAAAGUUUGAACAUCAAUUUGCAGACUCUUGAAACUUGCUUCAGGUGGAUGAUUUAAAGCAGACUUUUCAAAUCAGUCUGCGCUACAAGAAGAAGAAGAUGACCACCUAAUGAGAAUGUGAGAUUGACAGAAAAUAAUCCUGAAUUGUUCACUGUAUUACAAUUCACACAACUAAAGAAAAUUUAAAAUUCAUUUUCAUAUCAUACUGGAUGCAUGGAACCAAUGGAUUAUUGAAAAUGAAGAAAUAAAAAAAGUCACCUAAAUAUAUAUAUAAAAUAAUAGCUUGGUAUACUAACUGGUGAGCUGUAAAGUGAAGUAUACUUGAUUCAAAAUAACAAAACAUGGCAACUCAAGUAACCCUUUAAAAAAUUAUGUAAUGGCUAUUAGAUUCUUGUGAACAUGCACUGCUCUUUCCUGAAGCCAGAAAUGACUUCCAAUAAACCUUCAAAUUUGUGAUAAACUUGCAGGGAUGUUGUAGAACAGAAUGUAGCCUGGUCAGGGUGUGAUAUUCCAAAGUCAGUGUUCUUGUUAAUUAGCUUCUAGUUUUAAGAAUGAGCGAUGUAUGUUUGGAAGAACCAACUGACCUGCCCUGGGGCAAAGAAUUGUAUUAAAAUUCCUAAAAUGGGUGGUAUUCCCCUUUUAAAAUACUCACUAUAAUCCCAUUGCCUUGUCAUACUAUACUUUUCCAUCCCUCAGCCUGAUAUUCAAACUCUUAAGGUCCAGACUGUAAGUAUUACAGGUUGCUAUUGGAGAUUGUAAAUGGUACAAAGUGGCUGUUAUGUCCCGACCCCCCAUUGUGCUUCCUUCCUCCCUCCCUCCCUCGGGCUGCUGUGUUUCUGAUUGUACUACUACUGUAACUGUGCUGAGAAGGCACUAGAUGGCACUACAAUACAAGAGAAUAAGCAUGACUGAAGCUGCCCUCCUCCUGUAGAUGCUGUUAAUGUUGCAGAGGUCUCUAGAGUAAAUAUAUAUAUAAUGCAGUAUAUCCGAUUGGCUGUGUUAUUUUAAUAUUUAACUGUAACAAUGAUGGAUGUUAUUAUUAUUCUUGUGGCACUUUUAGCGAUUGACAGAAGGGUAAUGUAGGCUACUGUGCUGUAGAAGUGAACUUGAGCUGUGCUUUGCCUUCUUCUGUUUUGUUAAUAAAGUUUUUACCCAA